AUGAACAAAAUAAACAACCUUCACUGUGUGUUAGAUCCCAAACUCAAGUUUUGGUCUUCGCAUUUCAUCAGAUCUGCAAUCUACUGCGACGCAUUUGCUGCGACCGCCACUGAAGGUGUCUUUGUGUACGCCCUGGAGACGGCAGGACUGGGUUCCAGCCUCCUAGGCGGCGUGCAGAACUGGCUCUUCGAUGCUAGUGCUGCGGACGAGGAGACC